AUGGGUACCGAGGAGACCAACCAAGCGAUAUCAGUCGUCGCAACCUCUAUCCUAUUCGGAGGUCUCGCUAUCGUGCAAGGCUUAAAAUCUGAACCAAAACCUUGUCCAUCGUGUGCAACUUCGGGAGGCGAGGCGUGUAUAUUUUGCAAUGCCACGGGAAGGAGAGAAACGCCGAUUGAAAUUACGAAGAAAGAUCGACGCGACGACUCGGUGCUCGGUUUAACGCGACGGUCUCCGAUGGAGUGCACCGGUUGCAAAGGAGCAGGUAUGAUUCUUUGCAAGACGUGUAAAGGUUCAGGAUACGUGUAA